AUGUCUCAAUCAUCUUCCAUCUCCAUCAGUGCCAGCAUCAACACUGCUGCUGCAGUCAGUAGCAGCAUCAACCCCUUCACUGAAAGCCAAGUUCCUCUUGCCAUCAUCAAGAACCUUGCGAUGCACAGUGCCAAUGCUCUUUCAAACCCUGAUGAUGCUUUCCCAUCUCCAGUAGCUGAUGACCUUGCUCCUUCUGAUGCCAUUGACAGUGAUGAUGACUUCACUUUGCUGCUCCCUGCUGCCAACCAGACUGCUCUUGCUGCUCCAGUUGAUCUGAAGGUUGCCAACCAGCUUUGCAGCUUCUGCCUCCGCCUCCUCCAGCACCCUUCUCUUCUCCUCUGCACUCGCCCUGAGUGCACUCACCACCUGCCACUCAUCCCAACCUAUGCCAAUGUGUCUCAGCACCUCAAGUCCCACCAUCAUCUGCUCACCAAGACUGGCAUCAAGCUGUUGGAGGAGACACUCCUUACUCUCGACCUUGUCAGCCCUGCUACUGUCAGCAUCAACACCAAUCUACUCCCCAUCAACCUCAUCAAGGAGCUUGAUACAUUUGAUGGCUACUGUUGCAGUAUCUGUGAGUAUGCUGUCAAGUCGAGCUCCUCUGCAUACAAGCACCAGUGCAGCAGCCAUGAUGGAAAGGCUUCUGUCAUCCACCCUGUUCUCAUUCAGCCCAUCUUCACCAGUGGUCCCUUCACCUGCUAUGUGUGGGUCUUCAACAGCAAGCUCGAGCCUACACCCCCUCCUGUUGCCUUCAACAUCAACACAGAGGAGGACGCAGCUUUCAAGGAGCAGCUGGAAGCAUUCUUUGCCAAGGAUGCAGAGCUAAUGGCAAAGGCAGAUCUGGACAUGGAGGGCAUUCAACCACGAACUGUGACUGGCAAUCUCAGCCCAUGGCUCAAGCAGCUAGGCUGGCAGGAGUACUGGGCUGGCAAGCCAGUGGCGGCCAUUGGUUCCCUUGGCUGCAACCCUCACAAGUGGCCAGGUGCCCACCAGGACUUCCUUCACUGGCUGCUUGGCAUGACACAACAGUGUACACAGCAGUGGAUGGAGGCACUUCUUCAAUCUGGCCGCCAGGUGCAGCAAACCUUCCAUGCCUUUGACGACACCCCUAGCCAUCCAUACUCCCUUGAUCAACCCACAGUCAUCAAGUGUGCUGACUGCUGGGCAAUGCUCAUCACCAUGCUGGCUCAUGUCAUGCUAGAUGGCAAGGUUCUUGGCUACUAUGGUGAUGAUGAUCAGGAUGCACACCUUGGCAUCAGUGAACAGCUUGCAGGGCUCUUCGAGGACCUUCAGGACCUCUUCCAUGAUCCCAAUCUGGAUGUUGAUGUCUCCAUGCAUCCUGAUGUGGUUUUGCAAGCAUUUAGUGGCAUCCAGUCGAUCAGUGUCUACCUCAUCACCCAAGAUCCUCCUGCCUAUGGUGAGCUGGAACGUCUUCCUCUGCUAUGCACCUUCCUCCACCUCUGCCUCUCUCCUGAUGGCACAUCCAAGCCGGUCAAUACAGCAACCUCGAUCCUGGUCAACUUGGAGUUUGCAUUCCGUGCAGUGAUGCAUCACCACCUUCUCCACCCAGAGCAUGGCACUCUCAUUGGCAAGCCAGUCCCAGAGAUCAACAAGGGGGUUCAAGCAGUUAUGAAGCAUUACCUGUUCAACAACAGCUACUCGGCAAGUGCUCAUCUGCAAUCCCUUCUCUGCUAUGGGACCAAGCUGGCUAAGGAUGAUGGCGGCAGCCUCUACUUCCAGUGGUCUGAGGAUAGGAAGCUGGUGACUUAUGGCACCAACACAAUCAAGAUCAGCUGCCUUCACACCCUUGUCCAAGGCACCUUGGACCAUGCCACCUCUCUGUUGGAGCAGCUGCUGCUGAAGGAUGGUGCCUUGUCCGAGCAUGUGGAUCUGUCUACAUACAAGGACCACUUCUGCAACAGGGAGCCGGGCUACAGCUUUGUUACUGCUACAAAGCAAGAUACUGGCACCUUUUGCCUCCGUCAGGCUCUCAAAGGCUUUCCUCAGCAUCAACCACUCCUUGAUACUUGCUCAGCAGAGCCAGAGUUUGACACGGCUGCUGCCCAUGCCUACUUUGCCCUUCACAAUGACCAGCGCAACCUCUUCCUUGCUGAUGGUCACUUUGUCACUGUGCUUGCCAGCAACAAGGGCAAAGGUCCAUCCAAGCUCAUCCCUCACUUCCUCCCUCAUGCUGUUGGCCAGCUGGUGCUCUUUUACGUCAUGGAGGUAGUGCCUUUCCUGCACCUCCUCUUCAACUCGGUAGAAGUUGCAUGGGAGCCGAGUGCUCUCCUCCUUGUCAAUCACAGGGGUCAGCCAUGGCAGACCAAUGACAUCAGCAAGACAUUACAGAGUCUUUGUCAGGAGUUUGUUGGCCCAUCAGCAAGUUCUCUCCACAUAUGCAACUGGCGGCAGCUGUCAGUCAGCAUUGACAAGGUGCUCAUCUGGCCUGGCCUUCCCUCAGAGGAGUAUGCUGACCAUUCUCACGACUUGCAAGCUGGUCACUCCACAUCUACUGCUCAGCAGCACUAUGGUCUGGACAGCAGCAUGCUACUUGAACUGACACAGGAGAGCUUGGAUUGUAUGCUCUCUGUCUCCAAGAGGUGGCAUGCAUUCUGGUGUCUGGCUUCAUGCUACCAGGAUGCUGUGCAGCCAUUGGAUGCAGCAGCACCUCCUCAGGCAGGCUCUGCAUGUGUCAAUGCUGCCUUGCCUGUGGAUCUCAAGUGCAAGUUGGACAAGUUGGACAAGUUGGAGGAAGAUGUCUGGCACAUCAGGAGAAAGGUGGAGGAGAAGCCAUCUGCUUCCCUUGCAAACAUCAUCCCUCCUGUUGUUGAGAACCACCGUUCAGCUGUAAUACCUCCUGUGGUCAGAAAAGCCCUCUUCAAGGUCACCGGUAGCCACUGUACCAAGACAGUGGAGCAGGCAUAUGCACUCAAUGCCAUUCACAGGCAUGAGUCACCACUGAUCAUUGUCAUGGCAACAGGCACUGGCAAGUCUGCACUCUUCAUGACACCUCUGUUUUGGCUUCCUCCUACCUCGGUGGUGGUGGUGGUUGUACCAUUCAUUGCACUCAUGGAGGACCUACUGGAGCAAUGCAAGCUUGUUGGGAUUGUUGCAAGCAAGUGGUCUGGGUACAACUGUGCCAAGAAGGUGGAGGGAAGUCAGCUUGUGUUGGUGGCUGCAGAGAAUUGCUACAACGAGCACUUUGGCAGCUGGGCACAGGAGAUGGUGGAGCAAGAGUGCCUGGCAGCCAUCUUCUUUGAUGAGUGUCAUGUCUGCAUCACACAAGACUCCUUCCGGCCAUCAAUGGCAAAGAUCAAGCAACUGAUCACCACUGUUCCAGUGCCUCAGUACUUCCUCACUGCCACCCUGCUGCCAAGCCUCCUGUUGACCUUCAAGGCUGCACUCUGUCUCCCACAAGAUGGCACUGGUAUCAUCCAUGCUGCUACCAACUGCAACAACAUUGCCUACUCUGUUCAAUGGCUGCCAUCCUCUGCAACCAUGGACUUUUACUUGCAGCAGCUUCUCCAAUCCCAUCCCCAUGGCUCCAUCAUGGUCAUCUGCUGUUCAAGGAUAGCUGCUGAGACUACAGCCAGGUUGCUGAGUUGCCAGUGUAUCUGGUCAGAAAUGGAUCAGGCAGACAAAAAGGCUAUCCUCUUGUCAUGGCUUGCCUCUUCAGCAGCAGAGAUGGAUAACAGCAAGCAUGUCUUGGUGGGCACAACAGCCAUUGGCACUGGCAUCAAUCCUAGCCCUAGCCGUGCCGCAACGCAAACAAAUUUAUUUUUGCUGGAGCAGCGCAAAUUGAGCAACGCACAGCUGGAGCAACGCAAUCUGAGAAGCGCAAUCUCAUCAGCGAACUGCUGGACAGCGCACACUCUGUCGGAGCAGCACAAUUGA